CUGUGAGAGUAGUGUCUGUUGUUUUAAGCCACCCAAUUUAUGGUCUUUUGUUAUACAGCCACAAAAAACUAUUAAAGAUACUUGUGUAAAAUUUCUGGCACACAGCUAGAACAUGCUAGCAUUCUUUCCUCGCCCUUCUUUUCUAGUAACUUUGCAACCAGUUUUCCCAAAUACCAUUCAGUUAUUUGCUUACAAGGAAGAAGUGAUCCUGAAAGCAAAACCAAAACUCAGUAGGCUGGGCUUCAAUCCUUCCUAAGAAGUGAUUUGAAUCACAACUGAAUUGCAAUGACGUCUUUUCUCAAUGGAGUACACUUCCAUUAUCUGAUGGCUUUUCACUGUCCAUCUUCCUGUGCCCCUGGACCAGCUAGAAGGAGUCCUGGCUUGGGUCUACUGGUUGUUGCAGUGGUCUAGGCAGCAACCUGGGGUUUUUGUUUUGUUUUCUUUUGGCUGUUUGUUUUGCUGGCUUCUAUGAUGGAAUCUGAUGCAAAGAGCAACUUUUAUUGUUUUUUUGUUUGUUUCUUUGCCUGAGGAGCAAGUGCCAAGUCCUGAUGAGUGAACAAAUCAUCAAGUCAUGAGACCGGCAAAACUACAGAAAGCAAAACUUCAGAAGGGCCUGAGACUUUCAGUUGUCUGUUUCAGAUCCGGUAGAGAACAUGUUCCUCCUCCUGCUAAUUUUGAGCCUGGGAGUACAGCUUCAUCAGACAAGAGCUUUAUUCAGAGUGGUGAUCCCUAAGGAACUGUACACAGCGGAACACGGCAGCAAUGUGACCCUGGAGUGUGAUUUUUACUCUGACGAUGACCUGGAUGUUGAAUAUCUACAAGCCAGUUUGCAAAAGUUGGGAAACAAUAUAUCCUCGAACAGCACCACUUUGCUGAAGGAGCAGCUGCCCCUGGGGAAGGCCUUAUUCCACUUCCCCCGAGUCCAGCUGAGUGAUGCGGGGAAGUACCGCUGCGUGAUCAUCUAUAGGAGCUCCUGGGACUACAAGUACCUGACUCUAAAAGUCAAAGCUUCCUACAAAAAAAUAAACACUCGCAUCCUUCAAGUUCCAGGAACAGAUGAGGUAGAGCUCACCUGCCAGGCUGAAGGGUACCCCCUGGCAGAAGUCUCCUGGCCGAAUAUCAGUUUUUCUGCCAACACUAGCCACAUGGAGACCGCUGACGGCCUCUACCGGGUCACAAGUAUCCUGCGCCUAAAACUGCUCCCUGGCAGAAACUUCACCUGUGAGUUCUGGAACGCUGAUGUGAAGGAACUUACUUCAGCCAUCAUUGACCCUCAAGGUGAGAUGGAACCCGAGGUCCCUUCAACUUGGCUGCUUCAUAUUAUCAUCCCUUCCUUCAUUAUUGCUUUAAUAUUCAUAGUUACAAUGAUAAUCCUGAAAAAACAACUCUGCCAAAAGCUUUCUUCAAGAAAAGGAGAUACACGGAUACAAAUGUGGAAACGUGGUGGCCAUGCACAAAAACUCAUGUGUCACGAAAAAAGGUUGAGAACUGCUGGUUCUGUGGAUAGAGCUUUAAACCAAAGUCAGAAGGUUAGAUGUGGAGCUGGUGCUAUCAUUUAUUGGUUCUAUGGUCUUGCACCAAUCACCUAACUCCUUUGAGAUGAUUUUCCUAUCUGUAAAAUGGGAAGCGACCUGGGAAUGAACAUUUUGCAGUUGAUUAAUCCAUUCUCAUUGCCACUACCAAGGUUCAACCUGGACUAGGGCAGAACCCUCCUCACUCAUCUCCCUGCAUCCACUCCUGCUGUCUCCAAUAUGAUUGACUUUCACUUUUAGCUAGCAUGAGCUUUUAAUUUCUCAAAUCUAUCAUGUCUCUUCUGUUCUGAUCUCUUCCAUGACUUCCCAUUGCUCACACACCCGUUGGGAAGUGUGACUCAUGUAUGCAGUUUUAUAUGGCACCACUAUCACCUUUGUUACCCAUGCUUUAGCCAUAAAGGAUUUUCUAGUCUUCAGAGACAUCCGCCUCUUUCAAAUCUGAGUUUCUCAUAUAGUAUUUGCUCUUCUUAAAUUACUUUCUUUUUCCUUGUCCAUCUGAGUUGGUGUCAUCCAUUAAGUCUCCACUAAACUAUCACUUCAUCAAGCCUCCCCUGAAUCUACCCCCUCACCACACCCAUUACAUUAAAUUCCCUUGUCAGGUGCUUGCCUAGCACCUACUUCGCCCUUCAGUAUACUCAGCACACAAGUACAUAGGACCUAUUUUAAUAGCUUGAGCUAAAACCGCAAUUGCAUCUCUUUUCAUUUUCCAAUUAAUUCCUCAAGCCACCAGCCUUCCCAUCUUAGCAAAAAGUCCAGUGUCUCUUUCUUACAGUAUGUACUUCCCCAACUCCCACAAACUGCCAGGAGGCUUACUUAGCCCACAGAGCCAGUGCUGCUUCUGAGAAAGCUACUGGGGAACUAGGUCAGUUCACCAGAGAGCCCUGGUUUUAAGCUGCUGCGGUUUCUACUACGGCCAUGCAACAUCCCUGUUCCCUCCAAGUGUCUCCAUCCACUAUGCAAAGGUACCCUUGCUGGUUCAGAUCCCCACACAGACCAGAGCGAUGCAAGAUGACAACUCUCCUGGCUCCCCUCACAUGUUCUGGCCUCGCUCCCAAAGCAGGACCCUCAGGGGCUGAUAAGGGAGGAGGGCCUUCCUGCCUCAGCCAUAGCUGUGUGCAGCCAGCCUCUUCUGCUCUCAAACCUUCAUGUGGAGGGGGACACCAGUCCUGACUUCCUUCUCUGGAGUCAUUUCUGUUCUGAACUCCUCAGUCUAUUGGAGAGAGUCCAUUUUAGUCCCUUUCUGUCCAGAAAGCUCCUUGGCUCCUCAACACAUUUAUCCGCUUAUGCCUCCGACCAGCUCUGCACACCGAGGUUUUUGGGGAGGGCAGCCGUUGCCAGUCCAUAAAAGGUUCAUUUACCAUCCCCCACUAAGAGGGACCAUUCAACAGAUCAGGGCUCCAGGGUGAUACUGACAUUAUUGUAAAAAAUAAGGUCAAGUUCUGUUUCAUCUGUUAGUCUUUAAGUUUCAUAAGUAUAGGGGCUAUGUUUCUCUUAUUCACCAAUAUAUGUCCAGUGUCUAACUCUAAAACAUUACCUGGCAAAUACAGUUCUUCAAGAAAACUUUAAACAUUGAACAUACUACAUGCAGGUACAUAGGCUAAACUUCUUUGUAAAAUAUACUAGUCACAUGUGGUUUUUAAAUUUAAUUGAAAUAAAAAUUCAAUUCCUCUGUCACAUUUUAAGUGCCUAAAUAUUGCAAGUGCUUAGUAGUCACGUGGGUCUGUAUGGGACAGAGCAGAUAUUACUAAUUUCCAUCUUUGCAGAAAGUUCUAUUGGACAGCAUUGUGCUAGACCCUUUGCAGUUAAUUUCACAAAAACUGCUUGAGGCAGGGAAUCGCAUCUACUUUGUAAAUGAAGAAACUGAAGCUCAGAAAAUAUUUCUGAAGUUAUAUAGCUGGGCUUGAACACAGGUCUGACUCCAAAACUUGUGGCCCUUUGUUGCAAAAGUGCUUAAUAAAAAUUGGCUCAAUCUGAAUACAUUUUACAUUAUAAUUAUCUUUGGGCAAUGGAAAGAAAAGGUCUCAACCCAAAGUACUUGAGCAACUUGUUCAUUGACCCGCUGGGCCAAUGGCAAAGCCAAGAAAAGAAUCCAGAAAGAAUUGUGAGCUAUAGAGACCAGAUUUCCAAAAAAGGUCUCUAGAUUUCUAUUUCUCAAACUCUUUAUGCUAAAGAACCAUUUUGGUUUUUUUCAAAUUUCUAGUAUGUUAGAAUUGGUACUUUUAUAAUAUGGAAAAAUUACUAAUAAUGAAAUGGAAAAAAACAAAGACAUAAAGCAA